CCCUUCUCUCUACACCUGCUUUGGUGAAAUCAUGGAUCUUGUAAUUCGAAACUGGCACAACAAAUGCACGUCCUUGUUGAGUUGUGAGAAAUAGGCCUACUGCAGGGUUAAGUUAGUAAAUUAAUUAGGUCUAAAGAAGUCGUUCCUAGUUUUCGAUCUUGAUGGUCCAAGUUUCCAGUUUUGUUGCGAUUGAAUGUGAUUCAGCUGUUGAUGUCUUCUUUCUUUGGGUGACGAUUAAGCGACUGAAUCCAUCACUGAAGGCUGUAAAGUCAUGGCUUCCUCCAGCAGUGUGUCUAAAAAAAGCCUCACAUGUUCCAUAUGUCUGGACGUGUUCACUGACCCUGUAACCACUUCCUGUGGCCACAACUUCUGCAUGGUCUGCAUCAGAAGCCACAGAGACCACAGUCCAUGCCCAAGGUGCCCACUAUGUGGGAGGGAAUUGGACUCAAAACAAGAUUUUAGCAUAAACCGAACCAUUAAAGAAAUUGCAGAGGACAUCAAAAGGAAACGGGUCCAGGAGAAGCCUGAAGUGUCCUGUGACAGUUGCCCAAAUAAAAAAAUGCGGACUGCUAUUAAGUCAUGCUUACACUGUGGAACCUCUUUCUGCGAGUCUCACUUGGAGCCCCAUAAAACUGCAGAAAAACUCAUGAAACACAAACUAAUUAACCCUGUGAAGAAUCUUGAGGAAUACAUUUGCAAGAAUCAUGAAAGACCUCUGGAUCUUUACUGUAGAGAUGAUCAGACAGCCAUCUGUCAGUUCUGCACCGAGAGUGACCACAGGACUCAUAAUACUGUUCCUCUGGAGAAGGAGAGUUUGAAAUUGCUGAUGAAUAAAAAGAUUGCGGUGCAGCAGAAAAUUCAGGUCAAGUUGCAGAAGAUGAAAGAAAGUAAACAUUCUUUGAGGUUUAACAAACAAGCCAAUGAGAAGGAGACUGAAGAGAACAUCGUGUUUUUUAAGGACGUCUUUGACAGAAGCAAUGCGGAGCUACUUGAGCUCACAGAGAAAAAUCAUAAAGAAACAGAAAGACGAGGAGAAGAGCACAUCAGAGAGCUAGAUGAAGAGCUCGUGGAGCUAAAGAGAAGACAAACUGAGCUGGAGAAGCUCUCGCAUCCUAUGAAUUUUACACAAAUUAUUAGGCUCCUGCGCAACCCCAAAUAUACCAAACGCUCAAAAAACAUCAGCAUUAGCACUCUUGAACAUGGAGGUAUUCUGAGGAAGACCAUAUCACAUCUUCAGAGCGCCCUGGAUGACAAAAUGAGAGAAACCGUUGGCAGAGAGCUGCGGAGUAUAAAACAUUACACAGUGGAUGUGACACUUGACCCUGACACAGCUCAUCCUGAGCUCAUGCUGUCUGACGAUGGGAAAAAGGUCUGGAAUACAGGCAAGUCACAGAAGAUUCCUGACACCCCAGAAAGGUUUAAUUAUUGCUCAUGUGUCUUAGGAAAGGAGGGGUUCUCCUCACAGAAAUUUUACUAUGAGGUUCAAGUCAGUGCGGUGGAGUGGGAUUUAGGUGUGGCAAAAGAAUCCAUUGACAGAAAAGGGGAUAUUGGGCUCAACCCAGAGAAUGGAUAUUGGACUAUAUGGCUGAGGAACAGGACUGAGUAUGCAGCGAAUGACUGCCCCCCUGUCCCUCUCACCUUGAAAGAGAAGCCAGUGAAAGUGGGAGUGUUUGUGGAUUUUGAGGAGGGUUUGGUCUCUUUUUAUGAUGUUGAAGCCAGGUAUCAUAUCUAUUCUUUCACUGGGCAGUCUUUUCCUGGAAAGCUCUAUCCAUAUUUCAGUCCUGGAGAAUUUGAGAAAGGGCAGAACUCACAUCCGCUGAUCAUUACACCUGUUGACUCAGUCGAAUAAAUCAACUUUUAAAGGAACUAUUAAAAUGAUUAUGGUUAUGAGUCUUUGUAGUCUGAACCCUCUCAGACCUAAAUGAUGUUAAAUGUAAAUAUGACCAUACUUUAUUUCUUCUCUUAAUUCAACAAUGAAUGAUAAUUAAUCAAAUGACUCAAUUCAUUCUUUAAAAAAAAAAAAUUCUAAUGUCUGUUACAUUGUUGGAAGCAGGUAAGUUUAAAAAUGCUAAAUGCAUAAGAUUAAUACACAUUUAAUACAAAGAAACAAAUAAAUAUCUGGUUAAAGCAUUAGAUUCAUUUAGUUCCAUUUAUGUUGUUUAUUUUCAAUUUUCAGAAAGGGCUUAAUUGUUAUGAAUGUUGAUUAUAUAUGUUAAUUUCAAUAUCAGCAUUCUUCAAGAACUUAAUUUGUCAAAGUCCGAUGUUUUUAAAACAAUAAUGUACAAAAAACAUUCAAAGGAAAUCAAAAGGAAGUUGAAAACAUGCAGUGAUUCACCACAUUCCAAAUGAUUUCAUCUUCCCUCAUUAUUCAGUUUUUGUGUACUCAAUUUCUUUUCAGUAAUUUUGUCUGUAAGACUCAAGACGUUUGAUCUCUUUAAUGUUUUAUGGAUUUUUGUCUU